UAAUGUAAAAAGGGAAGGUCAGAGGGAAUGGAGAAGAAACAUGUGCCAGGAUUGCUACACCUCUCGCUCCCUUUUUUCUUUUCUUUCACAUAGCUGUGGUAGCAGAUUGUUUUCUUUCUAUCGCUUUUUUCCCCCCUUUUUUCUCCUCUUACGCCCCCCCCCACCUCUUCCUCUCUCUCCCUGCGUCUCGCUGUGACUUCCAACAAAAGGCUGACGGAGCGAGCCUGACGUCUGAAUGAAUAGCCCGAACCUGCUGUAAAAGAGGGAGAAAAAGGAGGAGAGAGACGUAGCCGACCGAGCGGAGGCUGGAGAGAAACGGAUACGAGUGAUCCAGCUGAAAAAGGGGAGGAAAAAAAAAAGACAAGUGUCGAUCGCCGACCGGAGGGAGAAAAAAAGAAGAGAGAUCCUUUUAAUUUUCCUCCUCCUCUCUGGAGAUUAAAAGAGUUUAAGGAUCCGUUUUUGACCGUACGAGCAGAGAGCGGGGAGAGUGGCCAUCGUCUCUCUUCUCCGUCCCUCCCCCUCGCCCGCUGCCCUCUUGUGCCACCAUCCAUUUUUCUUCUCCCCCCCCACCACCACCAAGAGUACCAGUCAUCUGAGAAAUGGAACUUCUUGGGGUGAGGUGACGAAGGAGGACAGAUUUGGAAACAAGCAGCGGGGGAGCGAGACAAGCGACAGAGGACAGAAGGAGGCUGGAGCAGGAGGAGGCAAAAGGAGGCAGAGAGGAGAAUAACCCCAGGGCACAGUGUGUGAGAACACACCAACGCCCAAAUCUGCUUUCUGUCCGUCACCUCUAAAUUCUCUUCUGCCAUGUGCAUUACCUGAUUUCAAGAAUGUGGAGACAGCAUUUCCCAGGUAUCCGGCCCCAGAUUAUGAAUGGGCCUAUGCACCCGCGCCCCCUGGUGGCGCUGCUGGAUGGGCGCGACUGCACCGUGGAGAUGCCCAUCCUCAAAGACCUGGCCACCGUGGCUUUCUGUGACGCCCAGUCCACGCAGGAGAUACAUGAAAAGGUGCUGAACGAGGCCGUGGGGGCCAUGAUGUACCACACCAUCACCCUGACCAGAGAGGACCUGGAGAAGUUCAAGGCACUGCGCAUCAUCAUACGCAUCGGCAGCGGCUACGACAACAUCGACAUCAAGGCUGCCGGGGAGCUCGGCAUCGCAGUGUGUAACAUUCCUUCAGCGGCUGUAGAAGAAACGGCAGACUCAACGCUUUGUCACAUCCUUAACUUGUACCGGCGAAACACCUGGUUGUACCAGGCUCUCCGGGAGGGCACGCGGGUCCAGAGUGUGGAGCAGAUCCGGGAGGUGGCGUCGGGGGCGGCCAGGAUCCGGGGCGAGACACUCGGUCUCAUCGGAUUUGGGCGCACAGGCCAGGCGGUGGCCAUGCGGGCCAAGGCGUUUGGCUUCAACGUCAUCUUCUACGACCCUUACCUGCAGGAUGGCUUGGAGCGCUCACUCGGAGUCCAGCGGGUCUACACGCUGCAGGAUCUGCUGUACCAGAGCGACUGCGUGUCCCUGCACUGCAACCUGAAUGAACACAACCACCACCUCAUCAACGACUUCACCAUCAAACAGAUGCGCCAAGGGGCUUUCCUGGUCAACACGGCACGGGGAGGGCUUGUGGAUGAGAAAGCUCUGGCUCAGGCCCUCAAAGAAGGCAGGAUACGCGGCGCUGCAAUGGACGUCCAUGAGUCUGAGCCUUUCAGUUUUUCCCAGGGCCCUCUCAAAGACGCCCCCAACUUGAUCUGCACACCCCACACCGCCUGGUACAGUGAGCAGGCGUCGCUGGAGAUGAGAGAGGCCGCUGCCACGGAAAUCCGCAGAGCAAUCACCGGUCGUAUUCCCGACAGCCUGCGAAACUGCGUCAAUAAAGAGUUCUUCGUGACCACGGCGCCAUGGGGGAUGAUGGAGCAGCAGCCCCAGGUUCACCCAGAGAUCAACGGCGCUGCCUACAGAUUUCCUCCUGGAGUUAUGGGCGUCGCACCCGGCGGGAUAAUCGGACCUAUGGAGGGAUUGGUGCCUGGGGGCCUGCCCAUCGCCCACACGCUCCCCCCGGGCACCCAUCCGUCACAGGCUGCCUCCCCGCAUCAACCCUCCAAACACGGCGACCCCAUGAGAGAGCACAUGACUGAGCCGUAGUAGGACCGCCGCCGGAGCAGACGAGGGUCACGAAACCAGUGUAAAAACCAAGGAUCCGACCGAGUCAACCCAUCCAAACAUAAGCUUGACUUCAGCCAUCUGGACCUACCAGCAAACUGCCUGUGGGGCAAUGUGUUACGCACUCUUGUUUUUUUUGUAUGAAACCACUAAACCCACAUGAGGACAGUGGACGACGGUGCACGCCUGAGCUGCCACACUAAGAUGGGACUGAGCGACUGUCAAACUCCUGCGCAGAAGAUCCAAAAUCUCUCCCCGUUUCAGAUUUGAUUUUGUCUCCCGAUUGGGGAAAAAAAGUGACAUUUUUCUUUAUAUUGUUACCAUUCCGUCCAUAUUAUGGAGGUUUCUUCUGACUUCUGGGAUGUGUUACCAGGAACUAAAGGCAGAACAGAAUCCAGAUCCCCGUCCUCCCUGGACCGUGUCAAGCCUAAUUUUCCCUUUAGUUUUUUCUUUUUUCUCCACAUUUCUGCUCAAAUACAUGUUUUUGUUUUACUCCAUUCUGUAUGAUUAGUUUUCUGUGCUUUUGUUGAAAAUCGGUAUCUGUUUUUUCUGUUAUUCAGUCUGUGAAAAACUCGAGGGUUUACAGUCAUGUUUUAGCAGACGGGAAAGAUCAGGAGUUUCCUCGAUCUAAACUCUAAUUUUACCUGCCUCAGUUUGUGAAGGGUUGUGCCCCCAGAAUGUAAAGAAAAGUUAGGAGAAAGCAGAUGUGGGAUAACAUUUGGAUUUGUGAGGUAGGAACGACCCUUUUAAACCAAAAAGAAAAAAAAAAGAAACACAAUCGGGAAAUAGCAUUAAAUUGAGAUGUAAUCUUUCAACGUACCUUGGAUGUUUGCUUGUUAUGAACACAAUAUUGUAUGUUGGCAUCCAAAGGACCUGAUUUGCAUGGCAGCAACACACUUGCGAGAUAUGAAUGCGUCGGGCUGAGGAGGGGGAAUCGAAACGGGAAAUGUCUUAACUCAGGAAAAAACAAAAACAUCAAAUCUGAACAGAACAAGAUGAAACUCUGGAUUACUGCUUUUCUUUCUCCAUUGUGGUAUUUUUUUUUUUUUUAUAAAUCAAAUGUACUUUUUUUUUUCUUUUUUGAUGUUGGAAGGUUUUCACUCCUGUUAGAUUUGUAUUGCCUUGUUAAAUGUUCAUAUAAAUGUAGCCUGAUGUGGCCGACCUCGCCCUCGCUCGCUCCCUCUCAUAGUUCCUCCUUUGUUUUCCCUGCUGUGAUGAGAGCCAGAUGGGGUUCCCGGAGGCUCUGUGAACAAGCAGCGGCCACAUCCAUCCAUCCAUCCAUCCAUCCAUCCAUCCAUCCAUCCAUCCAUCCAUCCAUCCAUCCAUCCGUCUAUCCAUCUAUCCAUCUAUCCAUCUAUCUAUCCAUCCCCUCAACACCAGGACUUUAGCAAGACGUGGCUGCUAGCAGAUUGUUUGGUUUUUAGUGUGAGUAUUUGUAUUUGUUUCUUGUAUAAGGUGAACAUAUAGCAUACAGUGCAGCUGGAACCAAUAAAUAAAACUUACUGUUCUGAUUUA